AUGGUUCCACCACCAACUGCUACUCUUACUGAGACCGUUGCCUCUGUUGGCAAUGUUGUCAGAGACAACUUCGCCGGUGAGGGCAACACCCUGGCCCAGGCUGCCCCCGAGGCUGGCUCUGGCUCUGGAUACGCCCUGCUGGACGACUUUGCCGGUAAAUGGGAGGAGUUCAAGUUUGCUCCCAUCCGUGAGAGCCAGGUCUCCCGGGCCAUGACCAGCCGUUACUUCAAGGACAUGGACACCUACGCCGAGAGCGACAUCGUCAUCGUCGGUGCUGGCUCCUGCGGUCUCAGCACCGCUUAUGUCCUCGGCAAGGCUCGUCCAGAUCUCAAGAUUGCUUUGAUCGAAGCCUCUGUCUCUCCUGGAGGUGGUGCCUGGCUUGGUGGCCAGCUCUUCUCUGCCAUGGUCCUCAGAAAGCCUGCCCACCGCUUCCUCGAUGACCUGGGUGUCCCGUAUGAGGAGGAUGCCAGCAACCCAAACCUCGUCGUCAUCAAGCAUGCCGCCCUCUUCACCUCUACCUUGCUCUCCAAGGUGCUCUCGUUCCCCAACAUCAAGCUCUUCAACGCAACCUGUGUCGAGGACCUGAUCACCCGUCCGCGCGCCUCUGAGGCCUCGGGCUUCCAGAUUGCCGGUGUCGUCACCAACUGGACUCUUGUUACCCAGCACCACGACGACCACUCCUGCAUGGACCCCAACACCAUCAACGCUCCACUAAUCAUCAGCACCACCGGCCACGACGGCCCAUUCGGUGCUUUCUGUGCCAAGCGUCUUGUUUCUAUGUCUGCCCUUGAGAAACUCGGAGGUAUGAAGGGACUGGAUAUGAACUCUGCUGAGGAGGCCAUUGUCAAGAACACCCGUGAGGUUACCAAGGGCUUGAUCAUCGGUGGAAUGGAGCUUUCUGAGAUUGACGGAUGGCACCGUAUGGGCCCCAUCUUCUCUGCUAUGAUGCUGAGUGGUCUUAAGGUCGCUGAGGUUGCCCUCGAGGUCUUUGAGGAGCGAAAGAAGGAGUGCUCUGCAUAA